CCAAGCAUAGCCGAUAUCCAACAAAGUUGGGAUUAGCAUGUUAACAUAAAUCCUCUGUGUUGUGUGUGUGUGUAUGUGUGUUAGUGACACAUACAUGUCGCUUAAACGUAAAUCCAUUGAUUUGUGUUUUAAAAGCAAAAACUAUAAAGUUUAUGUCAAGGUGGGUCGGUCAGAGAUAACUGUAAAAUGUCAUUGACGAAUGUGUGUCAGGCAUGGAGUUGACGCUCCUCGAUGACACUUGUGGAAACAAUCGACUCGAAAAUCCCGCAAUUUUCAAUUUCACUAAUUGAGGAAUUAUUUUUAAUACGAAAUUGAAAACAAUUGUUUAUCUUCAAAAAUGCAUCCAAUACUUCAACAGCAAUACCAAGAGAUCUUCCAACUUUUUGACAGAUGUUUCAGUUAAUGACAGACAUAGGAUUGUUCCUGAAUUUUCUAAUCAUCAUUACAUCCAUGUAUAGAAUAAAAACCGGUAAAAACAUGGAGGGACCAGAAGUUACAUUUCUAUUUCAAUUUGGUUUAACUCGUGACACUGUCACAGUAGAAGCUAGCACGUUGACAUUAAAAGCAUUGAAAGAUUUUGCGUGUAACUUUAUAAAUGCCAAGUGUCCAGAUCAUGGGUUAAGUCAUCUGUAUGAAAGAUUACUUCUGUUCAAACAUGAUUACAGUUCUACUAAUAUUUUACAAUUAAUAACCAAUGCAAUGGAGGUUGUGGAUGAAACACUAGUUGAAAUUGUUCUAACUGCUCAAGUGCCAAGUGAAGAUGUUCCAAUUCGUCCUCAUGCUUUAACCGUUCAUUCCUAUAAAGUUCCAACAUUUUGUGAUUUUUGCGGAGAGAUGUUGUUUGGUCUUGUACGACAAGGUCUUAAAUGUGAAGGUUGUGGUAUGAAUUAUCAUAAACGGUGUGUUACUAAAGUACCUAAUAACUGUUCACAAGAUGGCAGUCAAAGGAGACGUAGUUCUGCAAUGUUAAAUGUGCCAAGAUCCCCAAGUCAAGGUUCUACAAGUAGCUUGACUAGCAUUAGUGAUGACAAUCAUAGUGCAAAUAAUAUACCCAAUGUAAAUCAAAGUAAUAAUACUUUGGCAGUUCCAAGCAUAGUCACUCCAAAACAAUCUCGUUCACCGUCAUUGAGUGGAAAAACAAUUUGGGUUGAAAAAGAGGUUGCUACUCGUAUCAAAAUUCCACAUACAUUUGUAUUACACACGUAUACACGUCCAACGGUUUGUGGGCAUUGUAAAAAAUUAUUAAGAGGCUUAUUCAAGCAAGGCCUACAGUGUAAAGAUUGUCAAUACAAUGCUCACAAAAAGUGUAUUGAAAAAAUUCCAAAAGAUUGUAUUGGAGAGAAUCCACGUGACAGUACUGGUAAUGAAUAUCCUGACAGUGGUGUUGGUAGUGAACCAGAAGGUAAAUGUGAUGGUAGAAAUGAAGAAGGUGAUGGAGACAGUGAUACAGAAUUACUUUUACCAGUUAAAUUGCCCACAUAUAUAACGGAUGAAAAUAAAGCUCCCGAUGAAUAUACAGAUCACAUACAAACGAAUGAAGAUGUUAAUUAUGAUGAAUUCCAAAAAUCCAGACCAUCUAGUUGCAGUUCUACACCAAGUAACAACAUUCCAUUAAUGCGUAUAGUUCAAAGUGUUAAACAUACAAAACGACGUGGUUCGAAAGUUUUGAAAGAAGGUUGGAUGGUACACUUUACGAAUCGUGAUCCAGUGAGGAAAAAACAUUAUUGGCGAUUGGAUACUAAAGCUAUAACACUUUUUCAAAGUGAUAGUAGUUCUAAGUAUUACAAAGAAAUUCCACUAGCUGAAAUUUUGUCGAUUGAAACUGCUAAGAUACUUCGUUCGCCUAUAAUGCAUUGUUUUGAGUUAAAAACAUCAACUGUUGAUUAUUUCGUUGGAGAAGAUCCAACUUAUGGUGAAAACAAUGGUCAAGUUCCAGCAUCGGAAAGUGGUAUAGGUGUACAUGUAGCUAGAUCAUGGGAAACUAAUAUUAGACAAGCACUUAUGCCAGUAACUACAGCUUCUACUAUAGAUCAAGAGGAAUCAACAGAACCGGAAGAAAAUAUAACUGACAUGUCACAACUCUAUCAAAUAUUUCCCGAUGAAGUUUUAGGAUCAGGUCAAUUUGGUAUAGUUUAUGGUGGUGUACAUCGUAAAAGUGGUAGAGCAGUUGCCAUCAAAGUUAUUGAUAAAUUACGUUUUCCUACUAAACAAGAAGCACAACUUAAAAAUGAAGUGGCCAUUUUACAAAAUCUAUCGCACAGCGGGGUCGUCAAUUUGGAACGUAUGUUUGAGACACCUGAAAGAAUAUUUGUUGUUAUGGAAAAAUUGAAAGGUGAUAUGUUAGAGAUGAUAUUAAAUUCAGAAAUGGGACGUCUAAGUGAAAGAAUAACAAAAUUUCUCAUAACACAAAUAUUGGUUGCAUUGAAACAUUUGCACAGUAAAAAUAUCGUUCAUUGCGAUUUAAAACCUGAAAAUGUUUUACUCAGUAGUGACAAUGAAUUUACACAAGUGAAACUGUGUGAUUUUGGUUUUGCGCGAAUUAUCGGAGAGAAAAGUUUUCGAAGAAGCGUUGUUGGAACACCUGCAUAUUUAGCACCAGAAGUAUUGAGAAAUAAGGGCUAUAAUCGUUCAUUGGAUAUGUGGAGUGUAGGAGUUAUUAUUUAUGUAUCAUUAAGCGGUACAUUUCCAUUCAACGAGGAAGAAGAUAUCAACGAACAAAUUCAAAAUGCUGCAUUUAUGUAUCCACCUACACCAUGGAAAGAAAUCUCAUCUGACGCUAUCGAUUUAAUUAACAAUUUAUUACAAGUAAAACAAAGAAAAAGAUAUACGGUGGAUAAAAGUUUACAACAUGUUUGGUUGCAGGAUUAUCAAACAUGGUGUGAUUUAAGAGAAUUGGAAAAUAAAGUAGGAUACCGUUAUUUAACUCAUGAAAGCGAUGAUGCACGUUGGACAGCAUACGGUGAUCAUUGUACAUGACAGAACCAUCCGCCUACAUUGAACAUCGAAUCAUUGCCAAUACCUUUGCCAAUACACAAAGGCUGGGUUCGUUGUGCUCGAGCUACGUUGCGACGAUUCAUUCGUGCCUGAAUUGAUACACAACAAGUGCAUGCAAAAUUAAAAUUAGACUAUAUAUAUAUAUAUAUAUAUAUAAAUCAUCUUUCGCUUUAAAUGUAUCUAUUUCUUAGAUACGAUAUAGAUUAUCGUAAUUAUUAAUCUAUCUUAAAAAUUACAUAAUAACAGAUAUUUCAAGAAUUUUCAUUGAAAACGUAUAAUGUUGAAUCUAAUAGAUCUAACACAAAAAAGAAAAAGAACACAAAAAAAAGGGCCUUUCCAGUCUUCGCAAAGAUAAUAUACUUCGUUUUUAUAAUAUAUAUAUAUAUAAUCGUCUCUUCGUACAAUUUUUCAAGCAUUCAAUGUUCGAAUAAUCGUAAGUGAAUUAAUUAAUAUUCGAUAGAGGAGCUAUAUUUGAAAUAUUGAAACUAAGCUUUCAGCCUUACGUUGUUUAAUACGCGUAUAUUGUUAUAAGAAACAAAAACAAGUAGAACUCAAAGCGAAAUAUGUUAGUAUAUAUAUAUAUAUAUAUAUAUAAUAUAUAAUUAUUCAAGUAUUAUUAUAUUAAACACGAUCAAAAAUUAAUAACAAAUGGAGAAAAGGAACGUAAUAGAAGAAUAACAACAACAACAACAAAAAACAAAA